GCGCGAGGCGGUGCCACCCCCCAUCACUUCGCUCAUUGGGGAGCUGCGCGUGCGAGCGGGUGGCGUGCGGCGCGUGCUCGUCCUUUGCUUCUCUCGUUCUCCUGCUGUGGGGAUUGUUUUGUGAGGAACAGAGCGGCUCAAUGACUGAAGGCGAGGGGGCAGCGCCAUAGCCGCCGCCAUCACCGCCGCCACCGUCCCAUCAGAAGAUCCCCCCGCUUGGCUUGUAUCUGAGGAGGACGGAGUGAGCCGCUCCUUGUCGAGAUGUGGUGAGGCAGGCAGGAAAGACUCCCCACCUCUGUUUCUCAGCCCCUCCCCCAAACUUCGGGGCAGAGGACGGGAAGGAGGAGAAGUCGAAGUUGCCGCGCCCCGAAGGGUGCUCGGACGGAGCCCGACACCGGAGUAGCUUCUGGGUCGUGCUGAUUAGACCAGAACAGCCAUGUUUCGGAACAGUCUCAAGAUGCUUCUUACAGGUGGCAAAUCAAACCGCAAGAACAGAUCCAGUGAUGGAGGAAGCGAGGAACCACCAGAUCGAAGGCAGGCAAGCAUAGAUUAUUGUCAGAGCCAUUCUGGACAAGGUGGCAGUUCUGCAGAGAACGACUGUGCUUUUGAACCAGAGUAUGCUAUCCCAACACUCCCAGUGCCUGAAGGUAUGCAGCACAUUCGGAUUAUGGAAGGCAUGUCCCGCUCUCUCCCAUCUUCCCCAUUACUAACACACCAGUCUAUCAGUGUUCGACUCCAGCCUAUGAAGAAAUUGACUGCUCCACUGAGGAAAGCAAAAUUUGUUGAGAGCCCUCGAAUUCCAGAAUCUGAGCUUGGCUCACCAACACUCAGUUCAACACCAAAAGUGGAUCUGGAUGCCUACUGUCCUGGUGAAACUGAACAGGAGCUGGGACCUCCUCCCUCUGUAGAUGAGGCAGCAAACACACUAAUGACUCGCCUGGGCUUCCUCCUGGGAGAAAAAGUCACUGAGCUACAGGCAGGGAAUCAAUAUAACAUGGAAGGACAGGAAGACAAUCAGACUUCGGCGGUGUCCCAGAGAAUAAGUCCCUGUUCCACACUUACCAGCAGUACUGCUUCACCACCUGCCAGUAGCCCUUGUUCCACCCUCCCUCAAACUAGCACUAAGGAUGUUAUAGCAAAGGACUGCAGUUAUGGGGCUGUCACAAGUCCCACGUCUACUCUUGAAAGCAGGGAUAGUGGCAUCAUAGCAACACUGACAAGUUAUUCUGAAAAUAUGGAUCGUGCUAAGUAUGGAGGGGAAAGCAGUAAGGACUUAGGAUCUGGAGGAAACCUGAAACCUUGGCAGUCUCAAAAAUCCAGUAUAGACUCCUGUUUAUAUAGAGUGGAUGAAAACAUGACAGCUUCUACAUACAGUUUGAAUAAGAUCCCUGAUAGGAAUCUAGAGACUGUUUUAUCCCAGUCGGUACAAUCCAUUCCACUUUAUCUUAUGCCACGGCCCAAUUCUGUAGCAGCCACCAGCUCAGCCCACUUGGAAGAUCUAGCUUACUUAGAUGAACAGAGGCAUGCUCCUCUACGAACAUCUCUCCGGAUGCCUCGUCAGAGUAUGGCUGGUGCUCGCACACAGCAGGAUCUAAGAGUUCGUUUUGCACCUUACAGACCUCCUGACAUCUCUUUGAAACCACUGCUUUUUGAGGUACCUAGCAUCACCACAGAGUCUGUGUUUGUUGGCCGGGAUUGGGUGUUCCAGGAGAUUGAUGUACAGUUGCAGAGUACUGAUGCCAAUGUAAACAGAGGUGUGGUGAUAGUUGGGAAUAUUGGCUUUGGCAAGACAGCCAUCAUCUCUAGACUGGUUGCACUGAGCUGUCAUGGCACACGCAUGAGGCAGAUUGCUUCGGACAGCCCCCACGCAUCCCCAAAACAUGUUGAUGCAAAUCGAGAGCUUCCCCUCACACAGCAACCCUCUGCUCAUCCCUCCAUUACCAGUGGGAGUUGUCCUGGAACUCCAGAAAUGCGUAGACGCCAAGAAGAAGCUAUGCGAAGACUUGCAGCUCAGGUUGUUGCGUAUCACUAUUGUCAAGCUGAUAAUGCCUACACCUGUCUGGUGCCAGAAUUUGUACACAAUGUAGCAGCCUUGCUCUGCCGUUCCCCCCAGUUUGUUGCCUACAGAGAGCAGCUGUUGCGUGAACCACAUCUGCAAAGCAUGCUUAGCCUGCGAUCCUGUGUUCAAGAUCCUCUUGCUUCUUUCCGGAGGGGAGUCCUAGAACCCUUGGAAAACCUUCAUAAAGAACGGAAGAUCCCAAAUGAAGAUUUCAUCAUAUUGAUUGAUGGCUUAAAUGAAGCUGAAUUUCACAAACCAGAUUAUGGAGAUACAAUUGUAUCAUUCCUCAGCAAAAUGAUUGGAAAAUUUCCAUCCUGGCUGAAGCUAAUUGUAACAGUUAGAACAAGUCUACAGGAAAUAAUAAAGUUAUUGCCCUUCCAUAGGAUAUUCCUGGACAGACUAGAAGAAAAUGAAGCUAUAGAUCAAGAUCUCCAAGCCUAUAUACUACACCGAAUACACAGCAGCUCAGAGAUACAAAAUAACAUCUCUCUUAAUGGCAAAAUGGACAAUACAACCUUUGGCAAACUCAGUUCUCAUCUCAAAACCCUGAGUCAAGGAUCCUACCUAUACCUUAAGCUCACAUUUGAUCUCAUUGAGAAGGGCUAUUUGGUGUUAAAAAGCUCCAGUUAUAAGGUAGUGCCUGUCUCCCUUUCAGAAGUAUAUCUACUGCAGUGCAAUAUGAAGUUCCCAACACAGUCUUCCUUUGACCGGGUAAUGCCUCUUUUGAAUGUGGCAGUGGCAUCGCUACAUCCUUUGACAGAUGAACAUAUUUUUCAGGCUAUCAAUGCUGGGAGCAUUGAAGGUAGCUUAGAAUGGGAGGACUUUCAGCAAAGAAUGGAAAAUCUUUCUAUGUUUCUUAUCAAACGCAGAGAUAUGACCCGGAUGUUUGUCCAUCCUUCAUUUCGAGAGUGGUUGAUUUGGAGAGAAGAGGGAGAAAAGAUCAAGUUCCUGUGUGAUCCUAGGAGCGGUCAUACUUUGCUUGCCUUUUGGUUUUCUCGUCAAGAGGGAAAACUCAACAGGCAGCAGACUAUUGAUUUGGGCCAUCAUAUUCUCAAAGCACACAUCUUCAAGGGGCUGAGUAAAAAAGUUGGGGUUUCUUCCUCAAUUCUUCAAGGGCUUUGGAUUUCUUAUAGCUCAGAAGGUCUUUCCAUGGCACUGGCCUCUCUACGCAAUCUGUACACACCCAAUAUAAAGGUCAGUCGGCUGCUGAUCUUGGGAGGAGCCAACAUCAAUUACAGGACUGAAGUGCUAAACAAUGCCCCAAUUUUAUGUGUCCAGUCUCACCUUGGUUACUCUGAGAUGGUGGCCUUGCUGUUGGAGUUUGGAGCAAAUGUUGAUGCCUCUUCCGAAAGUGGCUUAACAUCUCUUGGUUAUGCUGCUGCUGCUGGCUAUCUAAGCAUUGUGGCACUUUUAUGCAAGAAGAGAGCUAAGGUGGAUCAUUUGGACAAAAAUGGUCAGUGUGCAUUGGUACAUGCAGCUCUUAGAGGCCACCUGGAGGUUGUCAAAUUCUUGAUUCAGUGUGACUGGACAAUGGCUGGACAGCUGCAAGGAGUGUUCAAAAAAAGCCAGGCCAUCCAACAGGCACUUAUUGCUGCAGCUAGCAUGGGAUAUACUGAGAUUGUCUCCUACCUACUUGAUCUCCCAGAAAAAGAUGAAGAGGAGGUAGAACGAGCACAAAUCAACAGUUUUGACAGCCUUUGGGGAGAGACAGCUCUAACUGCUGCAGCAGGACGAGGCAAGUUGGAUGUUUGUCGUCUGCUUCUAGAGCAAGGAGCAGCUGUAGCCCAGCCCAACCGACGAGGGAUUGUUCCUUUAUUCAGUGCUGUUCGGCAAGGCCAUUGGCAGAUUGUCGACCUCUUGCUUACCCAUGGUGCAGAUGUUAAUAUGGCAGAUAAACAAGGUCGGACCCCUCUAAUGAUGGCAGCUUCAGAGGGGCAUUUGGGCACUGUGGAGUUCUUAUUGGGACAAGGCUCCUCAAUUUCCUUGAUGGACAAAGAAGGAUUAACUGCCCUUAGCUGGGCUUGCCUAAAAGGCCAUCUUUCAGUAGUGCGAGUUUUGGUAGAGAGUGGAGCUGCUACAGACCAUGCUGACAAAAAUGGGCGUACUCCAUUGGAUUUAGCAGCUUUUUAUGGAGAUGCAGAGGUGGUUCAGUUCCUGGUGGAUCAUGGUGCCAUGAUUGAGCAUGUGGAUUACAGUGGGAUGCGCCCCCUCGAUAGGGCAGUGGGUUGCCGCAAUACUUCUGUUGUAGUUACUCUGUUGAAGAAAGGAGCCAAGAUAGGCUGUCAGACACUACCAAGUCGCCCACGAGGUCCAGCAACAUGGGCAAUGGCCACUUCCAAACCAGACAUCAUGGUCAUCCUGUUGAGCAAGUUGAUGGAGGAGGGAGACAUGUUUUACAAGAAAGGGAAAGUGAAGGAAGCUGCCCAACGGUACCAGUAUGCUUUGAAGAAGUUCCCCCGAGAAGGGUUUGGAGAGGACCUAAAAACUUUCCGGGAACUGAAGGUGUCACUCCUACUGAACUUAUCACGCUGUCGGAGGAAAAUGAAUGAUUUUGGAAUGGCGGAGGAAUUUGCUACUAAAGCACUGGAGCUGAAACCGAAAUCUUAUGAAGCUUACUAUGCAAGAGCAAGGGCCAAACGCAGCAGCAGGCAGUUUUCAGCAGCACUGGAGGACUUGAACGAGGCCAUCAAACUUUGUCCGAACAACCGUGAAAUCCAGCGGCUCCUUAUGCGGGUGGAAGAAGAGUGCAGACAGACGCAGGUGCAACUACAGCAGCAACCUCUUGUAGCAUCUGAACCAGAAAUACAGCAUGAAGAGUUGUAUGCAGUACAAGACAUCUUGGAAGAAGAAUAUCUUGAGCAAGAUGUAGAAAACAUUUCUGUUGGCUUGCAGACAGAGUCACGACCUAGCCAAACAUUGCCCAUUAUCCAAAGCCCACCAUCUUCCCCUGCCCACCGGGACUCUGCCUACAUCUCCAGUUCACCACUUGGUUCACAUCAGGUCUUUGACUUCAGGUCAAAUAGUUCUGUAGGAUCACCAACAAGACAAGGAUACCAGCCCACCUCACCAGCACUUUCCCCAACGCACCAGAAUUCUCAUUAUAGGCCUAGUCCACCUCACACAUCUCCUGCUCACCAACCCUCCUCUUAUCGUUUUAGUCCACCUCCAGUUGGUAGCCAAGGGAAGGAUUAUCAAAGCCCUCCUCCUUCACCCCUUCGUAGAGGCCCUCAAUAUCGAGCUAGCCCUCCUGCAGAUAGUGUGAGUGUCUACAGAGCUCAGUCCGGCUCACCAGUACGAUACCAGCAAGAAUCCAACAUCAGUCAACUUCCCAGUCGGCCAAAGUCUCCACUUUCUAAAAUGACACAGAGAUCUUUCCAGAUGCUUCCACUACCUGUUGCAGUUCCACAGCAAGGACUGAGGUUGCAGCCUGCCAAGGCACAGAUUGUCAGAAGCAACCAGCCAAGUUCAGCUGUGCAUUGUAGUACUGUGAUCCCAACGGGAACUUAUGGCCAAGUAUCCCAUUCUGUGGCCAGCAAGUAUCAGUCUUCACUAGAAAUGGCUGUUGGCCAAAAUCGGCUGGUUUAUCAGAGCUCUAUUGGGGGAAUAGUGGGGGAUGGGCGACCUGUGCAGCAUGUUCAGGCCAGUCUGAGUGCAGGGGCAAUCUGUCAGCAUGGUGGGCUGACUAAAGAGGAUCUUCCACAAAGACCUUCCUCUGCUUACCGUGGUGGGAUGAGAUAUAGUCAAACCCCACAGAUUGGGCGGAGCCAGUCAGCUUCCUACUAUCCAGUCUGUCAUGCAAAGCUUGAUUUGGAACGUUCCUCUCUACCUUCUAGUCAGCUUGGUUCUCCUGACAUUUCCCAUUUGAUACGAAGGCCCAUUACAGUAAAUUCCAAUGAAAUAAAGCCUCACCCACCAACUCCAAGACCUCUGCUUCAUUCUCAAAGUGUCGGUCUCAGAUUUUCCCCUUCUAGCAAUAGCAUUUCCUCUACUCCCAGUUUGAAUCCCCCAUUCCGCCCUUCUGCUUCUGUUCAGCAGAUGGAGAUUCCACUUAAGCCAGCGUAUGACAGAUCAUGUGAUGAGCUUUCCCCAGUGUCUCCAACCCAGGGUGGUUACCCCAGUGAGCCUGCUCGCUCCAGGACCACACCUUUCAUGGGGAUCAUAGAUAAAACGGCCCGGACUCAGCAGUAUCCUCACCUACACCAACAAAACAGAACCUGGGCUGUGUCUUCAGUGGAUACCGUUAUAAGCCCUACAUCUCCUGGAAAUCUUCCCCAGCCAGAAACAUUCAGCCCACCUUCUUCAAUCAGCAGCAUUGCCUUUUAUAACAAAACCAACAAUGCACAGAAUGGCCACUUGCUGGAGGAUGACUAUUACAGUCCACAUGGGAUUUUGGCCAAUGGCUCCAGAGGAGAUCUUCUAGAAAGAGUUAGCCAAACUUCUUCAUAUCCUGAUGUUAAGGUGGCCAGGACACUGCCUGUUGCACAGGCAUAUCAGGACAACCUCUAUAGGCAACUUUCCAGAGACUCCAGGCAAGGGCAGACAUCCCCAAUCAAACCAAAGAGACCAUUUGUGGAGUCUAAUGUUUAAAAUGGAUAUGUCUUGGAGUAAGAGCCUUUUAUUUUUUAGCACAUUUUUCCUGGCUGAAUUCACAUCUUACGUUGCUCUUUUUCUUCCUUUCUAAGGUUUUUAUUCACUAGCACACUACCACCCAGGGGAUUUCCUGUGUUUUCUGUAUGAUGAUGAGGCAGUCCAAGACAUGCUCCAAAUUCUUUUCUAUACACAGCUGACCUCAGAAAAAGCCAGCACCAUACAAUUUUCAGCUGUCAAUUAGGCAAUUCAAUGUACAGUAUGGGGACUGAAUCAAAUUUUAUAUACACUCAAGGGAGGUAACCAGCUCUUUGAAGAAAAGUUUGAUUUCAAAACUGAAUUGAUUUGAACACAGUCUGACCUGUUUUUGUGUACUGACCCCUUUUUUGGGGGAAAUUACACUCUUCGGUCUGCGUAGGCUUUCCACAUUUCUUCAUUGUGUCCGAAGAGCUAUUAAUCUGCACGAAUGGGGUCUUUGUUUUUUAGUAUUAACAAGGAGCUAUGCAUAAAGCCCAUUCUGCUUUUUGUGGUAUGAUAGGGGUGCCCCUUUUUUAAAGUCACAUUAUUAUUUAUCUUUAGCAUCUUUUCCUGCUACCCUGUUGGCAGUAGCUUUGAAAAGCAAAUUGUUAUUUUUUCCAAGGCAUUUGAACCAAUAUUCAGGGAGAAAUUAAAGUUCUCUCCCUUUCAGCCCAACAGUCAGUAGUGAUUUCAUUCUGUGUCUUAGACCUACAGUCCAUUUUCUAGUGUACUUGUCUUCCUGAUGGAACAAAUCACACUGUAGACAUAUCAGUAAAAUCCAUUUUAAAAAAUAGGAAUUAACCAAAUGCUUUAAAUCAUGGUCCUCCAGAUAUUGGAUUAUACUUCACAUCAUCUCUGACCAUUGCUUAUGUUUCUCGGGGAUGUUGGAGCUGUAAACUAGUAUCUGAGUGUCUAAAAUUAGAAAAGUCUGCUUUAAAUUAUGAAGGAGGACCUAACAGAAUGGUAGUUUUAAUCCUAGAUUUAGCACUGGUACUCUCCUAGCAAGGCUUCCUGGAUUACAGAUGGGCAGUCUUCCCUGCAGAUGCACUUUGUUCUGCUUUUCUUCUCUAGUUUUGGCAUAAUAUAAUUCGGAAUAUCUGGGUUAAUUUGCUAUUGAGAUGAAAGAAAUAUGAUUUGGUGUUAGAAGUUGGACUACUUUUCAAAUCCAAAUGCAAAAGACAGUGAUUCAUGAUUCCUGCAAGCUAAUGAAACCAGUGAUCUCAAGAGAAAAUGAUAAUGUAGCAAAUGCUUUAUGCAAAUAUUCUCAGUCCAUACUAUUUUCAUUAAGCACUUUGAAUUAGCUCAGAAAGGUUUGACUUGGUACAGCCAGGACCCAUACCAAGGGAAGGAAGAAUAUUCUAUGAACGCAUAUCUGAAUCAGGAAACCAUCACUAGUAUGGAGAGGUCAUCCCCAGGGCAGAAACACAAAGCAGGCCAUAUAUAACAUUUUGCCUUCUCUGCAUUUUGAUCAUUCAGAGGAUAAAUUGGCUUACCAAUUUCUGAAAAUUAAUUUUAAAAAAAAACGUUCUUCAUAUCAUGAUUGCAUAGAAGUGAACAGCUAGCAUCUUGGCCCUCUCAUUAGUCUUCAUUAUUUUUGUCAAACUAUACUGAUGGUUCUAAGGCACAGAACACCUUCCACUGUGUUUUAUGAUACCUAUUUUUUUUUUAAAAAAAACAUGCUGUAUUCAGAAGUUCCUUCAUAUAAAUAGAAAAGCAUGAUGAAAUACAUAUUUACUGAUCUUUAAGGAUUCCUCCUUGAAAAUGAGGUCAGUAUUUUUUUUUAAUCUGGAAAUGUUUUCAGAUAUUUCCUAUUUUAAGAUCCUGAAAGAGCUCAGAGAGGCAAAGAGAUCAAUAUAACAAUCUCAAUGACUGCUUUCUCUAGUUUCAUUAUUAAAAGUUGCCAUAUUUCUCUGAGUGUGAAAUGUAGCAUUUCCAAGAGCUACUUUUACUUUGGUUUUGGUUCUUUAUAACUCUUUUGCAGAUAUUUUUCCACCUUGGAUUGGUCACGUUACAAAAUUUGCUUGCAAAAUAGGAAAAUACUGUUCUGGUUGAUUCAUGCUAUAGCAUGCUGGGGUCAAAGAAGCUCAGAUGUUUGCUAGUGCUUUUUUUCAAAGAGCUGGAGGGCUUGCUUCAGUUUUGUUUAACUUACUGAAACCAACACUGGUGUUCUCUCUUUCCUUUUAGUGUUUGAAUGUGCAUGUGUGGUGCAUGAGUGUGAGAGAAGGAGAGAAGUGGAGGGGAAAUUUCAUAAAUAAACCCAAGGAUGCAACUCUAUAUUUCCUUUUAUUAUCAGAAUAGAUAAAGCCACUGCUGUUUUCUCCACACAUUUCUUUUGUCUCCUAGGUGGUUUAGAUUCUGGGUCUUGUAAAACUUUUUUCUUGCUUUUUGAAGAGUGGUUAUUUUAAAUUUUAAACACUUUAAAACUGGAAUUUGCACCAAACAAGGUUAUGUUUCUAUACGUUUGUCAGUGAUUUAUUUCUUUAAAACAUUUUUGCACUUGUCUUGGUUAUAUCUUGGAAAAGCUAAAAUCUGUUUUGUCACAGUAGGCAGAGGAGGGUCAGAAUAGUUGUUGUUCUGAUUUUGGGCCUUUAUAUAGUCACUUGUACCACAGUGCAAGUGAUCAGCUGAAGUGCACAGAGAUACUAGGUUACCCGCUCCUUCCUGGUAAAGUUAAAAAGAAUUAAUAAACCACCUCUGUCAUAUGGAAGGUUGAGUCGUAAUGCUUCUAUCAUGGCAACUGCCUUGAUAGUUUCAAGAUUUUAAUCUUCUUAAUGAAUAGUUUUGAAUCUGGCUCCAUUUUCACUGCCAUGGGGUUCCCUGUACUGUACUGUAACUGUUUACAUUUAGGUGUUACUAAGAAAUGGCAUGUUCAUCCAAAAUGAGGUAUCAAUUACUGCUGCUAGGCAGAAUUUUCCUCCCCCGCUUCUUAACAGUACUGUGUUGUGAUUUCACAGGAUUCUUGCACUGAUGGAUUUGCCACCUGCUCUCUAUUAAUUGGGUGCACUUUAUAGUUGGUUUUGUUUCUAUGAUCAGUAAUGGUUAUUUAAACAUAAAUGAUAUUGUCAAACAGUUCUUGUCAUUCAGUAUAUAUUUUUAAAAAAGAAGCAAUGACUCAAAGUAUAUAGCACAAGUACUAGACAUUGUAUAUAAGCCUCAAAAGUUGAAAUCAUUUUUAGUACAAAGAGAAAUAAUAUGCUGUGUUCUUCCAGCAAUUCUCUUUAGGUGCAUCUGAGGCUUAAUUGUUGCUGCUUUUAGUUACCAAGUAACACAUCUCACCUGAAAUAAAAGACACAUUUCUCUGAAGAUUUGGCAGAGAGGAAUUCCCUCUGUAUUUGCUCUCAGUUUAGUUCUUUAUUGCUUAUCAUAUCCUCCCUUGAGAUAUAAUACAGCACAAAAUAAUUGAUUUCAUUGUCCUUUUUUCAAUUGAAAUAUCUUUCAAGUGAGUUUUUUCUACUCAGGAAAGUUAAGAGAGAGUGGCUAAUACUGCAACACAGAGAUCUGCCAUACUGCUUUUUUUGUUGGAAGACAUGCAAGAGUAUUGUACCAACCCCUUUUAUAUUUACAUGCGUACACAUCACAUGCCUAAGUUGGAGUUUCAGUACUAUUUUCUAUAAAAUCGACACACCAAAUAAAUCACAGCCUCAAGUCCUAUAAGACUUUUACUGUGAAUGUAUGCUUGCUUUACCAAAUCCACCAUGUAAUGCUACUCUGGCUUUGCAGAAAAGUUUUUUUUGCUCACUGGUCAUUUUCUUGAACAAAAAUCUAGAUGCUAACUUAUGUGCAUCUGGCUCUCAAAGAUGUACCAGUUGAUUCUAGUAAAGACAUGAAACCUAAGCAGUCUAAGGUCUAUGUGGAGCGAAGUUGAAUUCUUUCUCCCUUUCUCCCUUUCCUAAAAUUACCUCUCCAAAAUUGUCAAAGGAGGCUUCCUUUUAAAUGUAAAAACAGGUUAACUGGCAGAAAGAGGAAGCUACUUCCUCUCUCUGUCUUCAGUGGUGACUGCUUAGUCAUAUAACAAAAUGGGCACAUUGAUUGCAUUCACACAUUUGAUCUUGUUUGGCCCCUGAAUCUGCUCUCUAGAGGACUAUGGAGACUUAGUAAUGUGAUGCUGACAUCUAAGAAUUUGAAACAAUUCGUUAAGCUGGCUCCAAGUAAAAUUGCUAUCAGGUCCUAAGAAUAAUCUAGAAAUCUUAAUCUAUUUCAAGUUUGGCUUGGCUCCAGGGGAGAGAGCUGCUAGCUUGGCAUAUAGCUCGAUUACUUACAGAACAAGAGUUUCUCUAAGAAACUUACAAAUAUCAAGUAACUGGAAAUAUGCUUUAUUUUGCUUUUUCAGUGACAAAGAAAGUAUCACUAGGGGAGAGGGGGGAAUGUAUUAUAUUUAUUUUUACAAGUUUUACAGAAUGGACUAAAAAAGAAACAAAAAUGCAUCCAUUUUGAAAUUUCAAGCCAUUCACUUGGCCAUAGACAGGAGUUAACAAGUUGUUGUUAUUCAUGAUCUCCACAGAAAGUCAUCUAAUAAAAACCGAAGUGCCAGCUUUUCUGCACCUUACAUUAAAAAAAAAAAACACUCUGUGCCUAGAAAUUUUUCUCCUCUGCUUAAGGUGGCCCCUUGUAAUUCUUGAAUGGCAAGCUGCAUCUCUCUCCCCACCUCCCACUACUUAACACUGGGAGUUCAGGACCUUCAACUAUUAAGAGUUCAGCUUUUUUAAAAGGGCUUAGAGGGGGCAAAACCUAAUAUACUUCUUUUGACAUGUUAGAUGCCUUCACCGAAUUUAUGGUUGCUGUGAAAAGGGAAGGACAAACCUAAGGCACAAGCACAAAGGGGUAGAUAAGCUGAACUGCCCCUCCCCUCCCUAAUUACUUGAACAUAAUUGCUGGAUUGUUAUUGCUCCCCUAACAAGAAAAAUCAUAUUAAGGGCUGAAAUUUCAUAGCAGGCUAUUUUGUGCAGUGGUAACUGAAUUAACUUACAGAACCUCAACACAGUAUUAUUAAAUUGAUAUUUCAGACUAGGACCCUUGGUACAAAUAAAUAUAUAUAUAUAUCUUUAAUUCUUCUCUUGCAAUCCCUUGGUUUUCCUCUUGCAACUGCUUUCCAAUGAGAAAUACCAACCUUGUUGUCUAGGGCUGCUUCUGCAUUUUGAACAAGUGCAUAUGCAAGAGGCUUUUAAUAAAAUGGAAUGAGCUGUUACACUUUUCUGCUUGUUUGGAAGUAAAAAAGAAGGAAGAUGCUUUUUGCUUGUUGCCAUCACAAAGAUUAUGAGAGAACUGAGGCAGUUUGACUUUGUCCCACCUGAACAUGUACCAGACCUUGAGACCUUUUCCUACCAUUGUUUACUGUUACUAAUAACAUUCUACAGAGUACAAGGCAUUAAUAUGUAUAGAUAGAAGGUAUGUUUUCAGGGAAUGAAUGUUUUGCCUUUUUUUUUUAUCACCAGUUAAAUAUGUUUCUCAUGACAAUUUCUUCCCCAUGAGCAUUGAAACAUUUUGCCUGCCUUGUCUGCCUCUAUACAGCAACACACAUUCCUUUGUUAUUAAAACUUUCUGGUUUGCCAUCUGGCUGGAAAGAUACUGAGCUCCUUUUCCUUUUACCCUUUUCUAUCAGUCUGAUGUAAAGAAUUUUCCCUGUACAGUAUAAUAUUCAAUUGCAUGUUCUGUUCUCUUACUGAUAUAUUGAAUCACCACACAGUUGUGAUCUUUUAUUGUAGGGAAGCUGCACAAAUCCCUGCAAUCGGUUAAGACUCUUGGCCACCCCUGUAUAAAGGAAAGAAAUGUGUUUCUUUCCCUUCCCUGUAUUUGCUUGAGCAGAGUUCUAUUGUCUGUACAUGUGAGCUGUGAGAUAGACGUGGAAAAAGUUCAAAAAGAAUGCAUUAUCCUCAGCCCCUCCCUAAUGUAUACAGAUUGUAACCUGUACAAUGAACUGUAUGUAUUAAAAAUGUACUUAUUUAUAAAUGGUUAACACUUGGAAA